GUCUGUCCGGCUCCAGCUCCGGAUUUCUCUCUCUCCGGCCCCUGACUCCACCCCGUCCUGCCCCUCCUACCCAGCUCCGGCCUCCGUUCCCAAGCCGGCUCCGGGGCUUCCGCCCAGCCCCGCCCAGCCUGGCCCCGGGGCGCAGCGGGGAGCCGGGUGCCCGAGGGGAGAAGGGACCUUCCCACCCGCAGCCUGGCACCCAGUCCUGGACCUCGCCUGACACCCCCCUCCCCCGGCAGUAGGGGGCAGCCCAUGACUCCUCCGUGGGGCUGAGACGUCCCCUUCCCCCACUGCCCCCCAUGCUGCCCCGCUCGCUGCGCCAUCUGCUGGAGGGGGCCCGGCUGGAGCUGGGGGAGGAGCAGGGGGUCACUCUGAGCGGGUACCGGAGCUGGCCCCCUGAGCCCCAGCCCCCGGUGACCCUGACGGAGGAGGCCGAGGAGGGAGCGAUCUACACAGUGACCACGCGGCAGUCUGGGGGCGCCCAGCCAGGGGCCCCGGGGGGGGCAGGCAGCCAGGCCCGCUCGCUGAAGGCCGGGUCGCUGGUCCGGCUGGUUCGGCACCUGCUGGAGGCCCAGACGCUGGGUGACGCCACCUACGUCCCUACCUUCCUGAUCACCUACCGGGUGUUCGCCCGCCCCCCCACGGUGCUGGGGCUGCUGCUCGACAGGCUGGAGGAGGUCGGGGCGCUGGAGCCGAGCCCCGUUUCCCCAGAGACAGCUGAGCUGCAGCGGGCCUUCUCCUCGGUGAUGUGCUCCUGGCUGGACGGGUACCCUGAGGAUUUCGGGGGGGGCUUGGACCCUGGCCUGGUGGAGCGACUGGGCCGGAGCCUGCAAUGUGCCCUGGGGCAGGGCUCUGAGGCUGAGAGACGCCUGCUUGCCCUACGGGGGGUGCCGGGGGGGCACAGCAAUGGAGGGGAGCUGGAGGAAGAGGAAUUGGGGGUGGGGGAAGAUGGCCCCGAGGGGGGUGUGACACCUAGGGGAGACCCUGACCCCCUCGACAUUCUGACCUUCCAAGCUGACCAUGUGGCUGCUCAGCUGACACUGGAGGAGGCGGCGCUGUUCCUGCGGGUCGUGCCCUACCAGUGCCUGGGCUCGCUCUGGUCUCAGCGGGACAAGAAGGGGCGGGAGCGGGUCUGCCCCAGUGUCCGCGCCACGGUGCACCAGUUCAACCGCCUGGCGGGGGCCGUGAUCCACUCCUGCCUGGGGGGGCCGGGGCUGCGCCCCCAGCAGCGGGCCCGCAUCCUGGAGAAAUGGAUCCACGUGGCUGAGGAGUGCCGUGCCCUGAGGAAUUUCUCGUCUCUCUGCGCCAUCAUCUCCGCCCUGCAGUCCAGCCCUGUGCACCGGCUCAAGCGGACCUGGGACGAGACCGCCAGGGAUGUGCUGCGCAGCUAUGAGGAGCUCUGCACCAUCUGCUCCGAACAGGAUAACUAUAGCCUGAGCCGGCAGCUGCUGUUCCAGGAGGGCACCUCCAAGCCGUCUGGUGCCGACCCUGCCCCCCGCCGGCAGCCACGGAGACCCCAGGAGCAGCGCCCAGUGGGUGUGGUUCCGUACCUGGGCACCUUCCUGCGAGACCUGGUGAUGCUGGAUACAGCCAUGAAGGACAAGCUGGAGAACGGAUACAUCAACUUCGAGAAGCGGCGCAAGGAGUUCGAGGUGCUGGCCCAGCUGCGUCUCCUGCAGUCCAUAUGCCGCACCUACAGCGUCCAGCCCAGCUCCCACUUCCAGCGCUGGCUGCGGGCACUGCCCCCCCUCUCUGAGGCACAGAGUCACAGUCUCUCCUGUGAGAUCGAACCCCCCGGGGAGGCUCCAACCCUCCAGCGGUCCCUGAAGCCCACCCUGGUCAUCACCCACUGCACAGAGCUGCUGAGCUCCGUGGGGAACCCUCUCGUCUCCUGGGAGGGGCCCAGCUCCCAUGAGGGGCCCCCUGGCUGCUGCCACAACCUGCUGCCACCCCCCCGUGGCCCCACGCAGCUGCUGUCUCGCCUGGCGCAGCACAUAAAGUGGCCAUCAGUCUCAGCGUUGGACACAGCUCCUGAGGACGUGGCUCCCUUGGCCGGGGGCCUCUCGCCUCCCACCCCCACCGGGGGGGGCUUUCCCCGGGGGCACCGGCGCUCGGCUUCCUGCGGCUCGGCCUUCCCUGCCCCUCCCACCCGGGAGCCUGGGGCCCCCCCCUCCGAUUGCUGCAUUAUCCGCGCGCGCAUGGCCCUGCACAACGGCAGCCUCUACAAGAGCAUCCUGGUGACCAGCCAGGACAAAACCCCGUCCGUCAUCGCCAAGGUGCUGGAGAAGCAUGGCCAGGAGCUGGGGGCUGCCCCCCAAUUCCAGCUGGUCCAGCUGCUGCCUGAGGGGAAAGAGCUGACCUUCCCGCCUACAGCCAACAUCUUCUACGCCAUGAAUGGCUCCAGCUUGGACUUUGUGCUGCGCCCCAAGGGCCCCGGGGAACCUCCCCUGCCUCCCAGUGCUGCCCCCCGCAGGGCUGAGCUCAGCGCCACCUUCCCCAAGAUCAAGGCCACCGGCCGCAAGCUUGCCAGGGCCCUCUUCUGAUGGCGAACCCCGAAACUGCCCUGGGGCUUCCUGGGCUGGAGGAAAGGAAGUGACAUGCGCCCAGACUCUGGGGAAGGGAACUGGAGCUGCACAGGGCCUAGGACUGUCUGCUUGGCCUGGGGCUACCUUCAUCUCCCCUGGCACCAGGCUCUGGUCUGCCCCAGGACUGUCCAAGGGGCAGCCUGCCCAGCCCAGCCAGCUGCCUCAGGGCUAUGACCUAAGUAUCUUGAAAUGGGUGAUGUCCUGACAGCCCCUCCCCCCCCCCAAACACCAGUACCUACUUCCUGUCCACCCAGGAGGUACAGCUGGGCGGGGGGGCGACCGGAGCAGUGAGCCCACUCUCCCACAGCAUGGUCUCACCCCUGCCAGGACGCUGCAGCAGAGGCCAGGGUGCUAAUUCCCCUCUAGUCACAGGUGGGAAGUGGGAUGCCCCUGCCAAUGCCAAGAUGGCAGCUUCUCAGGGACUCAACUGGAGGUGGGGGGAAGGACUGGGUGAUCCAAGCCCUGCAGGGGCAGCUGAUUUCCCCCUGCAUCACUGUGUAGGGGGCUUGUGGCCCUAGCCCUCUUUGCUGUAACACUAACGCAAUAAAGACACUAGAAGCAG